CGACCCACACACUCUCAGCUUCGUCUCGACCUCUUCCGAUCCAUCUCGUGCGCCAGCCCAAAUCCCGAACCCUAGCCAGCGCCCCAGCCCAGAUCCCUCCCCGCGCCGCCGCCAUGCGGAUCCGCAGGUCUGCCGCCCGCCUGCUCGGCUCCGCCUACUCCGCCCCCGCGCCGCCGCAACCAGACCUCCCGCUUCCGCCCCCGCCCCCGCCCCCGCCCCCGCCCCCGCCGCCGCCAGUACUGGAGCCCUGCUCCUCCCACGCGGGGGGCGACAGGGUCACGGCCGGGGGGACCUCCUCCGCGGAGCGGUGCGAGCUCAGCCGGUCGCCGUGGGAGCUCAUGGCCCAGCUCGACCCCUCCGAUCCCAAGGAGGUGGAACACUUCAUGGGGAAAUACUUCGUCAGUGUCCCAUGCCGGACGAGCUGGCUCUUCCAGGCCAGCAUUCUUGCGGCCUCCAUCAAGGGGGAGGAACAAGAGGAGGACAUGGCCGGAGAUAUGGCUGACGAGGUCUUUGCCAAACAGCGGCAUAAGGUUGCCAAGAUGAAAAGGACAGUCAGGGAAAACAGAGGGGGUGAGAAGAAUGCGUGGGGGCUGAAGAAGGCCACGGAGGUUCAGAGUGAUGAGGACGAUUUCGUAGCUGCCGGAGGAGGAGAACUUUGGGUGUGCACCAAGAACGACGGCAAGAGGAGGUUUUGCCGGCUGCCGGUGAGCCAGCCCGAUUCCUUUUGUGUAUAUCACUCAGAUCCUAAGUCUGCGCUGCCGCCGGCUUCAUCAGCAGCCUCCAAACCCUCCAUCAGCGCCAAGCCACGUAAGAGGAGGCGUGUCGAUGCAGGUGAGGGGUACUUAUACUACGCUGGGUUCGGCCCGUCCCUCAGCAAGAGGCAGAGAUCAAGCAGCAAUGUACUAGAAUCUUUACCUGCUGAGCAAGAGGAGGAGGCACUGCCUGAAGAGCAUACUGCAGGUCCAGCCCAAACUGUUGAUGCAGACCAUCAAGCGGCAUCAGCACACGUUGAUGAGCCUAGGUGCGAUGAGAUGGCCGGGAUUGCGGGCGGGGACGAGGAGAGCAGCGACGACGCGCUUGGCUGCAACGAUGAACCCCGGGUUGUUGGCGUCAACGGCAACAUCAAGAGGAAGAGCCCGUUUAAGAAGAGGUGGAGGAAGCCUGUGAAAGCUCGCUCACUCAAGUCAUUGAUGUGUUAGCACGCUUGUUAUACCUGUACAUGCAUGCCCAAUUGGUCUCCAUGAAGCAUACAUGAGAGAUUCAGGUAGAGCUUGGCUGGAUAUUGAGAUCAUGGAAGAUACCAACUCUGCUAUGGAUGAAGAAUCCCAUGCUUUGCUUAAGCCCUUGCGAGGAAGGAGAUAGCUGAAAGCAAAUAUCAUUUGAGGCAAGGAACCAAACAGAAAGCCAUAAACAGGUGGGGUUGUUCCAGCAAGUAACGAUCGAAGUUUCCGUUUGGGACGGUGGCCUCUUCGGCGGACAUAAUCAAUCAAUAGGACCAAAGGGGUGCGGCAAGCCUGGGGUGCUGGAAAAUGAAGAAACGCCUGACACUACUGUAUCAAACAGCAUCAACAUAUGAAUGAAGCUCUAUCUAUCUAUGCUCUGAACUUUAAUCCUACCCUGGCUGCUGGCAGGAAGAUGACAUCCAUCUCUUUCUUCCUUUCUGUCUAGUUCACUAUCCUGUGGAAGAAGUGGAAGAACCCAUAUGGUUUUGUAAUAGUAUUACUGUAUCAGGCUGUGGAAAAACCCAUAUCUUUUGUUAUGCGGCGUCGUGUCGUAAACGAGUAACAGCGGACAGCAAUGCUGUAUUCAGUGUGAGGAAUGUGGCAGCAA